UUCUAGCACCCAGACACAAAUAAAACAGCACUUCUUUUCUCAGCCUGAACACAAGAGUGACAGGCGUGUUAAUAGAUAGGAAACAGCUUUCAAGUUCAGGGAAGCAUCACUGGUGUCACUGUUACAACGGGCCGAAAUAACACAGGGCUCUCUGGAGUGCCACUAAUUACAUCUGUUUACUGUUUCCUCUGCCAGUGCCAUCACGCCCCGGAGGUUAAAUGUCACUGAUAAUUGGUUCCUUUUACAUCACAUCAGUAGAUAAUACACCCAAUUCACAAGGGCGAUUUACGAGGUCCUGAAGUGUGCAACUUGGUGCAUGCUUAAUAUUGUAUAGCUAUUUGAUUAAGAAGUUCUGGACAUUUAAUCCUACAAUACACAGCUGACAUAGUGUUCAUCCAUUCAGAUGGAAAACGCCUAAACCGGAACACGCUUCAAAACAAGCCAGUCUAUAGAGCCAAUGCAAUGGCUCCCUCUAGUGGACAAUGGAGUUACACUCUUUAUUAUUUAUUUUUGAUUGUUUGUGGUGUUUGCUAAGGUUGAACGUGCGAGGAUACCGGUGUCAUUCGCAUACAGUAAUUUUUAGCUGUACAUUGAAAACUGGUGUUUAUUAUCAGAUUAUUUGAAUGGAUUGUCUUAAUCACACUGGUGACAUCACAGCUCUGCUGUAUUUGAAUCUCUCCUUCACACUCCAGUGAACAGAAAAGAAAGCUCUCUCCAGCUGAAAAACACUACGAAAUGGCAACUCCGCCAUCUCACUUUGAGGAGAACCUUCUGUGCCCUGUUUGCCGUGACAUCUUCAGAGAUCCCGUUCUCCUGCUGUGUUCUCAUAGCUUUUGCUGGGCCUGUCUGGAUCAGUACUGGGAGCUCAGCGGCUCACAGAAAUGCCCUGUAUGCCGGACAGACUUCUGCAUGGACUGUCCUCCAUGCAACCGCGCUUUAAAGAACCUGUGUGAGAUCUUCCUUCAGGAGAGAAGCAAGACUGCGUCAGCGGAGCCCGAGUUAUUCUGCAGUGCACAUGGAGAGAAACUUCAGCUCUUCUGUGUGGAGGACCAGCAUCUCGUGUGCAGCGUGUGUGUGACUGAUGACAUGCAUGUUAAACACACAUUUAGACCCAUGGAUGAAGCUGCAGUGGCACUCAAGAUAUUCAUAAGCACCCUGAAUAUUGUAAAUAAAUUUUCUUUUCAGGAGGUGUACAAAACAAGCCUGAAGCCUUUCCAAGAGAAACACAAACUCUUAAAACUAGAAAAAUUCAUCUGUAAUCAACGAGUGAAACACAUCAAGAAUCAAGCUGAGCAAACAGAGGCACAUAUUAAGAAGGAGUUUGAGCAGCUUCAUCAGUUUUUGCAUGAUGAAGAGGCGGCCAGGAUAACAGCUCUGAAGGAGGAAGAGGAGCAGAAGAGGAUGCUGUUAGAGGAGCAGACGAUAAGAAUUAAUAGUGAACUUUCAUCUCUGGUAGAAAGAAUUAAGAUCACUGAGGAAGAGAUAGAGACCGACAACAUCUCAUUCCUGCUGAAGUACAAAGGCGCACCUGAAAGCACUCAGUGCAUCAGUCCAUGUCCAGAGAAGCUCCCAGAAGUGCUGAUCAAUGUGGCAAAGCACCUGGGAAAUCUGAAGUUCAGCGUGUGGCAGAAAAUGAAGUCUGCUGCUCAAUACAUUCCUGUUGUCCUCGACCCCAACACCGCUCACCCAUGCCUGCAUCUAUCUGACAAUCUGAGUGAUGUGAGGUUUGGUCAGUGGAGUCAACAGGCCUUGGGUUACUCAGACAAACUUGAGGGCUAUACGAGUGUCCUGGGCUCUGAGGGCUUCAGCUCUGGGACUCACUACUGGGAUGUCGAGGUCGGUGACAACACCACCUGGGCCUUAGGAGUGAUUUCAGAGUCUGCCAUCCGGACUCGAGACAAUCUGCCCAGUUCUGGUCUGUGGCGUCUCGGCUUUCACAAUGGCACAUACGGACAAAGCCUUUCAGGGGAGCUUCUCACACCGCUCGCCGUGAAACAGAAGGUCCAGCGCGUCAGAGUCCAGCUGGACUGGGACGGAGGGCGAGUGUCAUUCUUUAAUCCUCUCACCAACACGCAUCUCCACACCUUCACGCAUGCUUUUAGCGAGAAAGUUUUUCCGUACUUCUGUAACGUGUGUUCGUCUCAAGCUCUGCGGAUCUUGCCAGUGGAAAUGGCUCCAGCAGGACUGGAGGUUCAGAGAUUUUCUGCAUUAAUCAGCAGAAUAGAGAAGUAAAAAUCCUGCUCAUUUUCUAUGCAGAAAAUGAAAGGAAAAUGUGAAUAUAAUUUUUUUCCAUUGCAUUACUGUGAGAAGGCAUUACUACAUUUCUUUUUUACUUUGACUGACAAGAAGUAAACAGUACACAAACACACACACAAUCAUAAGACAGCACUCAGGAAUUUAUGUAUGAUGUAGGAUUUUCACUGUAUUUGUCCAAUGCAGUUUAAUGUUGUCUUGUCAUUUUUUGGCUUUUAUAUAUUAUUAUUUCUGAUAUUUAUGCAUAACUGUGAAGGUUUUUUUUGGGGGGGGG